AAACUGUAUACAUACAGCCCCAGAGUUCACUGGUCGCGCUUGUCAGACCAUUAUGAGCGCAAAGCCAGGUGGUUUGAGAAGCCUCGCAUUCUCUUACACUAAGCGCAAAGCUCUUACAACCUCCUCCCACCCUUCACUCUCCUCUCACUCUCAGUCUCACUCUCACCCUAUUAUUUCCCAACACACCAGCCCCACUCAAAACGCCCACCACCUGUUCGACGAAAUUCCCCACUCAGAUUACACCCACUUACUCUUCGAGCACACUCGCAAUGGCCGCAACCGUGACGCCAUCAACCUAUUCAUGGACGCUUUCCGGUCCGGCUCACCCCUCAACGGGUCAAUUCUAUCUUCUUUGGUCAAGGCCUGCGGAAGCUUGUGUGACCAAGUUGUGGGCCGACAGGUGCAUUGCCACUGUGUCAAGUCCGGGCUUGGGGAUGACGUCAGUGUCGGGACGGCGCUGGUUGACAUGUAUAUGAAGACUGAGGGCGUUGUCGAGGGGAGGAGAGUGUUUGAUGAGAUGAGGGAGAGGAAUGUGGUAACUUGGACAUCAUUGAUUUCGGGGUACGCGAAAAACGGGUGGAAUGAGGAGGCAUUGGAGUUGUUUAUGGGGAUGCAGAUGAGUGGGAGCGUGGCGAAUCCGUUUACGUAUGUGGCUGUGCUUGGAGCAUUGGCUGAUGAGGGGUUGGCUGGGAAGGGGAGCCAGGUGCAUUGUAUGAUUGUGAAGAAUGGUUAUGUGGUGAUUAGGUUCGUGUGCAAUUCGUUGAUUAAUAUGUAUUUGAAGUCGGGGAUGGUUAGUGAGGCUAGGGCUGUUUUUGAUGGAAUGGAGUGUAGAGAUGAGGUUACAUGGAAUAGCUUGAUUGCAGGUUAUGUGGGAAAUGGGCUUGAGUUGGAAGCUUUUGAUAUGUUUAAACAGAUGGGGAUUGCGGGUAUUAAGUUCACGCAGCCUAUAUUUGUUACUGUUAUUAAGCUAUGUGCUAACUAUGAAGAAUUGGGAUUUGCAAGACAGCUUCAUUGCUGUGUUUUGAAGAGUGGGUUUGUGUCUCAUCGCAAUAUUGAAACAGCACUCCUGGUGGCUUACAGUAAGUGCCGUAAAAUGGGUGAUGCUCAUAAUGUGUUCUCCAUGAUGCGAGGUGUUCAGAGUGUAGUAACUUGGACUGCGAUGAUUAGUGGGUACCUGCAGAAUGGUAGAGCAGAGAAAGCAGUGAAGUUAUUCUGUGAAAUGAGCAGAGAAGGUGUUAAACCAAAUGAUUUCACUUAUUCUGCCAUCAUUAUGGCCCACCCUUGUAUAUCUAUAUUUCAGGUACAUGCACAAGUCAUUAAAACCAACUAUGAGAAGUCACCUUCUGUAGGAACUUCACUCGUAGACACUUAUGUUAAAAUUGGAUUUGUUCCUGAAGCUAAAAAAGUUUUCCAAACAAUUGAUAAGAGGGAUAUUGUAGCAUGGUCGGCAAUGCUUGCUGGAUAUGCUCAAGUAGAAGACGCAGUGGGAGCUAUUAAAACUUUCCGCCAGUUAACAAGAAAGGGGGUCAGACCUAACGAGUUCACUUUGUCUAGUAUCAUUAAUGCUUGUUCUGCACCGUCAGCAACAGUAGAGCAAGGGAAACAGUUUCAUGCUUGCUCAAUUAAACUCAGGUUGAACAAUACUUUGUGUCUAAGUAGUGCUCUUGUCACCAUGUAUGCAAAACAAGGGAAUAUUGAAAGCGCAAAUGAAGUUUUUAAGAGACAAGGUGCAAGAGACUUGGUUUCGUGGAACUCUAUGCUCUCUGGAUAUGCACAACACGGUCAGGGGAAUAAGGUUCUUGAAGUAUUUGAGGACAUGCGUAAGCGAAAUAUGGAAGUAGAUGGAAUAACAUUCAUUCUCAUCAUUUCUGCCUGUACUCAUGCAGGCUUAGUAGAUGAAGGUAAAAGAUAUUUCGGUAUGAUGGUCCAAGAUUACCACAUUCAUCCAACAAUGGAGCACUAUUCUUGUAUGGUUGAUCUUUACAGCCGAGCUGGAAAGCUUGAAAAGGCGAUGAAUCUUAUAAACAGCAUGCCUUUUACUGCAGAUGCAAAUGUGUGGCGAGCUCUCUUGGGUGCUUGCCGUGUUCACCGCAACUUAGAGCUUGGCAAACUUGUGGCAGAGAAGCUCAUUUCACUUCAGCCACAAGACUCUGCUGCUUAUGUUCUGUUGUCCAAUAUUUAUGCUGCAGCUGGAAACUGGCAAGAGAGGGAUAAUGUACGGAGGUUGAUGAAUGAAAGAAAAGUUAAAAAGCAACCUGGGUAUAGCUGGAUUGAGGUGAAGAACAAGACCUACACAUUUUUGGCUGGUGAUAUUUCACAUCCCUUGUCAGACCGUAUAUACUUGAAACUUGGCGAGUUAAAUAACCGAUUGAAGGAUAUGGGAUAUCUGCCUGACACUGACUUUGUACUCCAUGAUGUUGAGGAGGAACACAAAGCAGCCUUUCUUUAUCAACACAGCGAGAGGUUGGCCAUUGCUUUUGGAUUGAUUGCCAAGCCUCCAGGAUCUCCUAUCCAGAUUAUGAAAAAUCUUAGGGUAUGUGGAGACUGUCACACUGUUAUUAAAUUAAUUUCGGUGAUAGAAUCGAGAGAUAUUGUUGUCAGAGAUUCAAAUCGGUACCACCACUUUAAGGGUGGCUUAUGUUCUUGUGGAGAUUUUUGGUGAGUUCCCAUAUAAGAAAAGGAUUUAACAGGAUGUUCAGGAGGAAUUACAUAUACAAGUCAUCAAAAUCACCUUCAAACAAAGCAGCUGCAUGACUUCUAGAUGUUACAGUAAUGUCAUCUGUGGAAGAUGCAGAUGGGAACUUAAGUCAAACAAAGCAGUUGCAUGAGAAGUUUAUUCUUCACUUACUAUGGAAACUUAAGUCAUGCCACCAAGUAGCAGCUGGGUUUAGAUUUAUGUGGUGUGCGAAAACUCAAUGGUAUUUUCCAAAUUGAGAAGGUUUGUAUGUCAAGGUUUUUAAGAACUAGAUAUCAAGUCUCAUACUCUCAUGGACCAUCAUUGGGAUAAUAUUUUUCCUUUGGCGAUGAUUUUAUCUCCAAUUAUAUAGUUGGUUGGUUCACCUAGUCUGUAGUUCUGUGUCAGCAUUCCUAUACGCAAGCCAUGUGACAGUACCAAUAUAAGUCUCGUGGAAGAUUCAUUCUUGGCACCGUUGUGCUACCUUUACUCGUUGUUGUAGGUUGGCCCAUGAAGAGAGGAAACUUUCACUACUUUGGCUCGCCGUUCUUGGUGAGGUAUGUGAUAGUACCAGUUUAAUACCCCGUGUAUUAUAGAUGCUAUAUGACCAUUUUCAUAUCUGAUGUGGUACCAACUUGAUAAUAGUUUUGUUUUUCUUUUUUUCUUCUUUUUGCUUUUUUUCCCUCUAAGUAACACCUGUUCAUGGCUACAUAACACAUUUUAGAAAAUUACAUGUGUAUAAUAUGAUAUACCCAAUGAACAUAUUUUGGUAUGCAUGUCCUCCCACCUUUCCAUCAUGGAACUCAGAGAUGAUCUUGUGUCGCCAUCCAUCAAUGCGAGCCAUCUAUAUUCUGUCCUUGUAAAACAAGUGGGAAUCUGUCCACUGAUAGUAUUUCUUCUCAUUACCUUGUUGCAAUUGUGUUAUGAUGGUUGGUUGCAGCCUCGGAAUCAAUCAAACAGGAUUGUUGAAGGUCAUGAAUGUAGCCUUGCACUGAACUUGAAAUCCCCAUGAGAGAAACAAGGGCAGGGACCCUGGAUAGCGCAUCCGGCACAACAUUGUUCUGUCCUGCCUUGUAAGAGAUGGAGUAGUCAUAGCCAAGGAGUUUAAUUAGCCAUUUCUGCUGAGCUGGAGUAGUAAUCUUUUGCUUGAGGAAAUGUUCAAGAGUUCUAUGGUCAAUAACAAUUCGGAAGUGAUGUCCAAGAAGGUAUGGUCUCCAAUAUUGGACUGCUGAAACUACAGCAAGCAUCUCUUUAUCAUACACAAACAGUGCUAAAUGGCGCUGAGCGAGUGCUUUGCUCAUGAACGCAAUGGGAUGACCAUUUUGUGAUAAAACUGCACCAAUGCCUGUGUCAGAGGCAUCGCAUUCAACAACGAAUUCCUGCGAAAAAUCUGGAUAAGCCAACAUUGGUGUGUGUGUGUGUGAAUGCAUGCUUCGACUCCUCAAAUGCCAAUUCUACCUUAGGGUUCCAACAAAACGCAUCUUUCUUGAGCAAAUCAGUUAAGGGCUUGGCUAUAAUUCAAAAAUUCCUCACAUACUUUCGAUAGUACCCGGCUAAGCAAAGAAAACCUCGUAACUGCUUCAGAGUCAAAGGUCUAGGCCACUGACUAAUAGCUUUUAUCUUAGCAGGGUCGACAGAUACUCCUUCUCCACUAAUAAUAUGCCCCAAAUACUCUACUUGGCUGACUCCAAAACUACAUUUGCUCUCCUUCACCUUUAACGAGUGAUGUCGCAGGAUCUUGAACACGUGCUCCAACCGCUGUAAGUGUUGUUCUAGAUUAGAACUAUAAAUUAGGAUGUCAUCGAAGAAGACUAAAACUCAUUUGCGCAACAACUCUCGGAGAGCAUCAUUCAACACUGCUUGAAAGGUAGAUGGUGCAUUGGUUAAGCCAAAUGGCAGGACCAGGAAUUCAUAAUGGCCUGAAUGUGUGCGAAAAGCAGUUUUCUCAAUGUCUUUCUCAUGCAUUCUUAUCUGGUGGUAUCCAGCUCGGAGAUCCAACUUGGUGAACAAGGUAGCACCAUGAACCUCAUCAAUGAGCUCAUCCACUACAGGUAUUAGAUACUUAUCCUUUACAGUAGCAGCGUUUAAAGCUCGAUAGUCAAUGCACAACCUCCAUGAUCCAUCUUUUUUCUUCACUAAGAGCAUUGGUGAUGAAUACAGACUCACACUAGGUCGAAUCACUCCAUUUGCUAACAACUCUUGAAUGAUCUUCUCUAUCUCAUUUUUUUUGAAAUUGAGGAUAACGAUAGGGUCUCACAUUAAUAGGGCAAGUGUUUGGUAGUAGCUCAAUUUCAUGGUCUUGUGGCCUUGGUGGUGGUAGUUGUGUGGGGGUUUCAAAGACAUCAGAGUACUUGUGUUUGAGGUUUUGGAUGUGAGAGUUUGGUGGUGUAUGUGUGCCAGACUUGGGAAGGCUAACAAUAGAAUUCAACUGAACAAGCAAAGCUUCUUUCUCUUUCCUUAGUGUUCUGGUCAUUGCCUUACAACUCACAACACUAGAGUCCACCUCACAAAGACUGUUCUCGGCCUUGAUCCCAAAACUUCAUAGUCAUGCGCUCCAAAUUCCACACAAUAUCACCCAACGUCCUCAACCAUGCCGCCCCCAAAACAAUCUCACAACUUGAAAUAGGUAAUACAUAAUAGGAUGUGACAAAACUAUAAUGUUGUAGUGUGAUAGGUACCUCAACUAUUGUGCUAGUGACCAUAAUUUGACCACUUGCCACUCGUACUCGAAGUGGUUUGAUCUCCUGCAUUGUGACGCCCAAUUUGCGUAGUAUGGAGGGAUGGAUAAAGUUACGAGAUGCUCCAGAAUCUAUGAGUACAUGAGCUUCCUUCCCUUGAAACUCCCUUUUCAACUGCAUGAUUCUUACAUUAUCCCCAUCAAUAGAAUGGAGUUGCAAGUCAUACUCAUCUGGAUUGGCUGCAUGGUGAAAUUAAACAUCACCCUCAUUAACUUCCGGACCCUGUAAUUCCAUCUCUUCUAGUAUAAUUUCGAUAGCCAUGAGAGCGUUUCCAUGCCUGCAAUUAUGGCCUGGCCGAUAUUGCUCAUCACAAAAGAGGCACAGACAACGAGCUCUCUGUUCUAAGUACUCGGCACGAGUCAUUCUCUGAUUACCACCUUGAUUCACUGCUUGUGGUGCACGCACAACAGGAGCAUGCCAAAGUUGAGCAAGCUGGACUGGUGCAGGGGCAACCCUAGGUAUGGUUGAAGCCAUUUCUGGGGUAGGUCUAGGGACAAAGGUAUUGCGGCUCGCCUGGCAUUGAAUUAACUCAUUUUUCUUUGACGAUUUUCGCCAAAACACAAGCUGCAUACAAUGUCUUAGGGUUUUGAGCUCUCACAUCAGAACGAAUCGAACUCUUCAAACCUCCAAUGAAGAAGAACAAUAGAUUCUUAGGUGUAAAGCCAGGUGCUCGACAAGAGAGUUUUGUGAAUUGUUCCAUGAACUGCUCUACUGACCCUGUUUGGCUCAUCCUAGCCAAAGCAGCCUGAUAGUCACCGAGGUUGUGUUCAGUGAAUUCUCGUAGUAACAAAUCACAAAGACCAGAACAUUUUUAUGGAAAUUCAUGUUUGAACAUGAACCAGCGAUCUGAUGCUCUGUCUACUAAAUGCAUGGUGGCUAUUGCAAGUUUUCUAUCUUCAAGAAUCUGAUAAAUUUCAAAGUAUUGCUCGACCUUGCUCACCCGCUAAAUAAGGUCAUUUCCGCCAAAGGUGGGCAUCUCCUGUUUCAUCUGUUUCAUGGUGGGUAAAUUGGGGUCCCAGUUGUUGGACAUGAACUGCUGUUGACAGAUGGGUUGGUAACCAAGGUAUGGAUAAGGUCAUGUAUAAGCAUUGGGUGGUAUGUGUGAGGUCAUGGUAGCUGCAGUGUAUUGAGGGCUGAAUCUAUGUGAUUGUAGUUGAGUAUUCGAGCUGCAGGGGGUGUUGGAUGCCCAUGGUUGCUGAGUAAAGUGUCAUGGUCUAGAGUGUGGGACAAAACUGGUGUUGACAAAAUUGCCAGGAGGCAUAUUUGUGUAGGCAAAAUUGGAGUGUGGUGAAAACUGUUGGCUAAAUUGUGGGUUAGGUGUGUGUUGGAAAAACUGAGUUCUAGAGGGUUUUUCACUCCUAGAUCCAGUACCUUUGCCUUUACUAUUUUCUCCUUUCUCAAAAAUGCGCUUCUCCUGGCCGGUUUAGGACUAACCUUGCUCACAGUGAUAGUAUUCAGCACAGCACCAGCAUAAUUCGUGAUAAUGGGUUGCGUAGUGGCGAACUGAUA